GAAAGAUAGAACUGAUCAACCUGCUAGUUUAUACGCUGCUACUAAGAAAGCUGGUGAGGAAAUUGCACACUUACAAUCAUAUUUACGGACUUUCCCUUACUGGGUUGCGAUGUUUUACGGUCUAUGGACCCUGGGGGAGGCCGGAUAUGGCAUAUUUCUUUUUUACCAAGGAUAUUUGGAAAGGGAAGAGUAUUCCGAUUUUUGAGGCUGCGAAUCACGGGAUUGUUGCUAGGGAUUUUACCUACAUUGAUGAUAUUGUGAAGGGUUGUUUGGGUUCGUUGGAUACAGCAGAGAAGAGUACCGGGAGUGGAGGGAAGAAGAAAGGGCCGGCACAAUUGAGGGUUUUCAAUUUGGGGAAUACAUCUUCUGUGCCAGUUACUGAUCUUGUCAGUAUUUUGGAAAGGCUUUUGAAGGUUAAGGCUAAAAGGAAUGUUAUGAAGUUUCCACGCAACGGGGAUGUUCCAUAUACACACGCAAAUAUUAGUUAUGCUCAGAAGGAAUUUGGAUAUAAGCCUACCACGGAUCUACAGACAGGGUUGAAGAAAUUCGUGCGGUGCUACCUCAGUUACUAUGGAGACAAGAAGGCUGUUGCAAGAUGAGUUUAAUUUUUUUUGGUUCAGUACUUGUAAAACAUUCCUUGUUCAUUAUGAUUCUUAUAAUUGCUUUCUUAACAUUUCUGUGUUGUUCACUGCAUGAAAAUUGUCUUUCAUGUAUGUUUAAUUGAUGCUGUACAAGGAGGAAUAUCGUGUCCUAUGUUGAAUAUUGUUUGGUCGGUGGAUUUUGUUUUGUUGGGCACUUCCUGCACUGUAUCAAAACAAAGCCAGAACCAUCUUUCUCUUUUGUUUCCUAUUUUUUGGAAUAUGUAAUUGUUGUAGUUUCGGCAUUGUAGAAUUCAUGACCGAUAGAGCAUAUGCUGAUUGUUGGAAUUUGUAUCAUUUAAUAAAAUAGCACACGUGAAUUUCACAUUUA